UUCCUGUAAUGGCUGCUUCCCGGAAGGUAAUGUACGAGCUCAUCUCUGAGGAUACUUGGAUUGUCCCGACGUAUUUGUAAAACGGGGCAAAUCUGCGCCUUGCCGGGCCGAAGGAGGGAUUCUUUUCCAAAUCUUUGCGCCGAGUCUUGGAAAGAACUUGCUUCUUGGCUCAGUUUCUUUUAUCUUUUCUGUGUAAAAGAACUGAUGAACUUUAAAUGUAGUUCUCUUGGAUAAAGUGCUUUCUCUACGCAUGAGUCAUUUCUCUCCUUUCCGUGCGGUCUCCCCGCCCUGUACUGACUUUAGCUCCCUCUUUAAAACAAUGUUUAAAUUCUUCUUCCCACCCUACUCCAAUAGGCCGUGUCACGUGUACUCUCUUAGCCUCAGCAUCGGAGAUCCGGAAAGGAAAUCCAGAAUUUCAAGUCAGAUACAAUUUUAUAUAUAUCAUUUCUUUGGAACCUCCGGCCUUCGAGACGUGGACAUCAUGACCUCAGUUUCAACACAGUUGUUCAUAGUCCUCAUUUCUCUGCUUCUGGUUCUGCCCGCUGUUGAAGCAGUCGAAGCUGGAGAUGCCAUUGCUCUCUUGUUAGGUGUGGUUCUCAGCGUUACAGGCAUCUGCGCUUGCUUAGGGGUGUAUGCACGGAAGAGAAAUGGACAGGUGUGACUUUUAAGGGCCUGUUCAAUCAAACUCCACUCUGCAAACCUUUGUACUAUUGAGACCCUACCUGACUUUGGUCUCCAAAAGUUACCAACAAACAGUAUAUAGAGGGUUUCACAUUCUUGGUUGUUUCCCAGAGAAGGGAAGCAAAUCAGCAUUUGUGAAGUAGGAAAACAAUGUUUCCUUUCUAACAAAUAAUACACUGAAAAAUGCAGCCAAUAGUUUGUUACUUAGAAAACAGGUCAAAAAUGUAAAGAUGGCUUUAAAAUAGGUAAGUUCUAGUUCAUAGUUUCAUAAUCCCCAGAACACAU